GUCUGCGUGGAAGCAUGUGUCACUCACAUGAGGAGGCGGGACCAGAACGCGCACGUACACACUCACAGCCGCGCUGCAUCCACUUUUUCUCCCCGCGUCGGACAAUCUUCCCAAAUAUCAACGCACACACGCAGCUGGCUGGCUGAACACGCCUCGUCCUAAGUCAUCCGGUCUUCCUCUCGUAUCGGUUGCGUGCGCGCCUCCCAGGUCCGUGUGUGGAGCUCCGAGAUCGGAGGACGAUGUAAUUUUUGGAGGGGGUUUGGAUUUAGCGCCGUGACAGGCUGGACGCGCGCAGAGACAUGGCCUUCUCUGUAUUUAUGGUGACAUGAGCGUCAGCCCUUCAGGCUACAUGCCGGUGAUGGAGGAGCUUUUCACUGACAGCAACAGCAUGCCAAAGCGGUUGGCACUCAUCUGCUUCCUGUCUCUUGUAAUGGCGAUGAGCAUCCUGGGAAACCUACUGGUCAUGGUGGCUGUCUGCAAGGACAGGCAACUCAGGAAAAUCAAGACCAACUACUUCAUCGUGUCGUUGGCCUUCGCUGACCUGCUGGUGUCGUUGCUGGUAAUGCCAUUCGGCGCCAUCGACCUGGUGCAUCAGCAGUGGAUCUACGGCGAAACCUUCUGCCUGGUGCGCACCUCGCUGGAUGUGCUUCUCACGACCGCCUCCAUUAUGCACCUGUGCUGCAUCGCCCUCGACAGGUACUACGCGAUCUGUUGCCAGCCUUUGGUGUACCGCAACAAAAUGACACCCAUGCGCGUGGCCCUUAUGAUUGGCGGAUGCUGGGUAAUCCCCACCUUCAUCUCCUUCCUGCCCAUCAUGCAAGGAUGGAACACCAUCGGCAUCGACCAUGUGAUCGACGAGCGUCGCCACACGGAAGGCAGCAACACCACGUCGUGCGUGUUCCUGGUGAACCAACCUUACGCAGUGACGUGCUCAGUGGUGGCCUUCUACAUCCCGCUGGUGCUGAUGGUGCUGGCCUACCAGCGGAUCUACGUGACGGCGCGGGCGCACGCCCUCCAGAUCGGCGCACUGCAGCGGGCGGGUGGCGCCUCAUCGUCAUCGGACUCGGCCGACCAGCAGCGCAACCACCGCAUGCGCGUGGAGACCAAGGCGGCCAAGACGCUGUGCGUCAUCAUGGGCUGCUUCUGCCUUUGCUGGGCGCCCUUUUUCAUCACCAACGUGGUGGACCCCUUCAUCGGCUACACGGUGCCCGACCAGCUGUGGGCGGCCUGCUUGUGGCUGGGCUACAUCAACUCCAUGCUUAACCCCAUCCUCUACGCCUUCCUCAACAAGUCCUUCCGCCGUGCCUUCCUCAGCAUCCUGUGCUGCGGGCGCAAGCGCUACCGCCGACCCUCCGUGUUGGUGGGCCCGCGCGCGGCCUGCGCCGCCACACACAUCAACGGCUCCACGCACGUGCUCAAGUAUUCGGUGCUUCACAACGGGAACCACACGGCACAGGAGAAGAAAAUGCUGCACGACCAUGCAGAGUCCUGUUUGUGACACGCUGUCACACUCCUCCACCAAGCCCGUAUGCAGGAACAGUCUGCCGCGCCAACCUGGCCCAGGUCCGCAGCGACCAAGAGAGUCUGCUGAAUGGAGGCCAAACCAGCUCUGGUUCUGGUUCCCGCCCCAAUGUGACUGUCGUCCUGACAGAGUAGUUCCACCUGUGGGACUUUGAGGGUGUGAUGUUUCCAAAGCAUUGUUAAUUUUAAUAUGGUAUUUAAUUUAAGAGUACAUUACAACACGUGUGUGUGUGUGUGUGUGUGUGUGUGUGUGUGUGUGUGUGCGUGUGUGUUUGCGUGUGUAUGUUUCCAUGGUGAUUCAACUUUUCCGAAUGUGAUUUCGUUUUUUUUUCCGUCUCUUACAAGCGUGUGUGUGUGUGCGUGUGCGUGUGC